UACUCUACCUCUCGUGUCUUCCUCGCUUUAUAAGUCACAUGAUUUGCUCUUGCAUGUGAUCCCUUCCCUCCUCUCUAUUAAUUCUGUGCUUCCCCGCCAUUACUUCAUUCUCUCUCACCUCUUGAAAUGAUGCCCCCUGAGCAAGAAACUAACACUACUAUCUCACUCGCAAACCGCUCUGAGAACGCUUGGGUCCAUGCUGAGCCAUCUGGUUCUACAACUACUGAUGUUAGUCCUCGUUUGGAAGCUCAGAUGCCAGACCAACAACAAGCAAACUCAGCCUGCAGAUUCUCCAUUCUCCACCGAUCCUUACGGCCCGUUACACUCAAGUUUGAAGACGUGACAUAUAGUAUAAACUUGAGAAUCAGUACCACAGGCAAGGACUCAUCUCCAUGUUUGAGUCUUACUCAUGAGCCCAAACCAACUCGCACUCUGCUGCACGGUGUUAGCGGUGUUGUUAGACCAGGCGAGCUUCUAGCAAUGCUGGGUCCAUCAGGCAGUGGCAAGACCACUCUACUAACUGCCUUAGCAGGCCGUUUACCCGGAAAAGUCUCUGGCACCAUAACAUACAACGGGAAAGCCUUCUCUAGCUCCAUGAAGCGAAAAACAGGGUUUGUUACACAAGACGACGUGUUAUACCCUCACCUCACUGUGCUCGAAACCUUAACCUAUGCAGCCUUGUUAAGGUUACCUAAAGAGCUUUCAAAGCAAGACAAAAUUGAGCAGACUGAGAUGCUUAUACGAGAGCUUGGACUCGCACGAUGUCGUAAUGGUGUUGUGGGUGGAACCCUUUUGAGAGGUAUUUCAGGUGGGGAAAGGAAACGGGUCAGUAUUGGGCAAGAGAUGUUGGUGAAUCCGAGUCUGUUGUUGCUUGAUGAACCCACUUCCGGGUUGGAUUCCACGACGGCUCAGCGUAUUGUAGUGACGUUGAGAGGGCUGUCACGCGGUGGCAGGACGGUGAUCACCACCAUUCAUCAGCCUUCUAGCAGGUUGUAUAGGAUGUUUGACAAGGUGGUUGUAUUGUCUGAUGGAUGCCCCAUUUAUAGUGGCAAGGCGGAUCAGGUCAUGGACUAUUUUGGUUCCAUUGGUUAUGUGCCCGCCUUCAAUUUUGUCAACCCAGCUGAUUUUCUGCUUGAUCUUGCUAAUGGUAUAGCUCCUGAUGUAAGACAGGAUGACCAGAUAGAGUUUCAGGGCAGAUUAGACCAUGAUGAUCAAAAUUCAACCAAACAGUCCCUAAUUACAUCUUACAAAAAGAACCUAUAUCCGGCCUUGAAGGCUGAGAUUCACACAAGUUUAAGAGACCCAAAUCUUUCUACAUCUGGAAAAUUAUCAUCAAGAAGUAAUGAGAAUCAAUGGACCACCAGCUGGUGGGAGCAAUUUAAAGUGUUGCUGAGAAGGGGUUUAAAAGAGAGGAAGCAUGAAUCUUAUUCUGGUUUAAGGAUUUUUCAGGUCAUGUCUGUUUCAGUUCUAUCAGGCCUAUUGUGGUGGAGGUCUGACACUUCAAACAUUCAAGAUCAGGUUGGGCUUCUCUUUUUCUUCUCCAUCUUCUGGGGCUUUUUCCCCCUAUUCAAUGCCAUAUUUGCGUUUCCUUUGGAGCGUCCAAUGCUAAUAAAAGAACGUUCCUCAGGGAUGUACCGUCUCUCCUCCUAUUACUUUGCUCGAAUGGCUGGGGACUUGCCAAUGGAGCUUGUGCUACCAACUGUGUUUGUAACAGUCACUUACUGGAUGGGUGGUCUCAAGCCUUCACUAGUUACGUUUAUACUAACCCUCUUGAUUAUUCUAUUUAAUGUGCUAGUCUCCCAAGGGCUAGGCCUUGCACUUGGGGCAAUCCUGAUGGAAGUAAAGCAGGCAACAACUCUGGCCUCUGUGACCAUGCUUGUGUUCUUACUAGCUGGAGGAUACUACAUUCAGCACAUUCCAUGUUUUAUAGCUUGGUUGAAGUACAUUUCUUUUAGUCACUUCUGUUACAAGCUCCUUGUGGGAGUACAGUACUCAGUGAAUGAGGUUUAUGAGAAUGAGUUAGGGGUGAAAUGUAAUGUAAUGGAUUUUCCAGCUAUUAAGUAUCUGGGUCUUGAUAACAAGUGGUGGGAUGUGGCUGCUUUGGCUGUAAUGCUGGUGGGAUACAGAGUUUUGGCUUAUUUGGCAUUGAAGAUGGGGCAACGUCACUGACUUCAUAAAAGACCAGAGAAGCCAAAGAAUUUCAUGAAGAUAACCUUCAAUUUGAUUGGAUAAUCAUGAACUUACAUAAAUUAGAACACAAGUGUGAAUUUAGAGAUAUUGUGGGCUGGCUUGGGCAAAUGUAAAUUAGAUUCGAUGGUCCAAAAAUUAUGUUAUCCAUUUA